AUGGCAUUCAAAAACGGACUUAGUGAACGCCUCGACGAGCUGCGAUUCCCCUCUCCGCGAUCACCUCCCUCCGAAUCCCCGUUUCCUGGCUACAAUGCGCUCUCUCCGACCCAUUCGAACUUCGUUUCGGCGUUUUCGCGUCCAUCCGGUGACGUUCGUGCCAAUCUCCAACGCCGCUUCACAACAGACUCGAGUAAAUUGACCUCAUGGAACUAUGUGAACGGUGUUGGCGGUGGUGCACCGGCGCAGGACCCUCUAGAUCUCCUUUCAUCGUUUGAGAAAAAGCGUCAGCAUAUUGAAUACAUGCGAGAGCAGAGGCGGAGAUUUGAAGAAGACAUGAAACUCUUAGACUUGCAGCACGAGAAAGAGAAGCUGGAAAUGGACCAAAUCGCGAAGGAUCUCGCCAAAGCCGGGUUGUCUGGACCGGUCAGUGAGCCGACGACGCCGCCAGAAUAUCACGAUAGCAGCCUUCCUGGCUUCACCCGUCCUACUCGGUUCUCAACCUCCAGUGUGACUUCAUCUCCUGGCUUCUUCAACGUCUUUGCGCCAUCUCAAGUGACCACCCCCCAGAGUCAAGUGAACCAUAGCUCUGCCCAGACCCCGACAAAUCGGUUUUCUGUUCACUCUGUUCCUGGUUCUCGAAGGAACUCAGAAAAGGAGGAUUUCAGCCAGGAGCCUGCAUCCCCUUUCCGUCCAGGACCAUCCAUUCACCGGUACUCAAUGCCUUCAUCUGGGCUAGGCUCCCAGAUUCGUCCCAAUAUAACUUCCUUCGAUCGCUCUUCCGGCCUGGAGUCCUUCAACGCCGCAAAGUACUUGUUCCACAGCGAAGACGAUCCAUCGAUGCUGAAGGACGAGGAUAGAAUCCCAACGCCCGAUAUCAAGAGUUAUCUCAAACUGACGGACCCCGACGAUAAGUUUCCUACUCUUUCACGACGUGACGAUUCAGGCCUGUUAUCCGCGAACUCGGAUGCUCUAGACCUUGCAAACUCGCGAACUCCGAAUCCUGAGACUUGGAACUCUCACAGCCGUCACCGUACUUCGCAUCAGAGCAUGCCUCAGAACGCCCUGAACAUGUUCCGUCUCGAACAGCUUGGGGCUUCCGCGGAAGAAGUCCAUUCCCACUCAGCUGCUCCUGCACGUCACGUCGCCAGACACUCGCUUGAAGCGAAUGUCCUCUAUAACGCUGACGGCAAAAACGAAAGCAUGUCUGCAACGGUCUCAAACCGACCUACAUCUUUGCAGUCCUCUUACUCCACGAACGAUCUGCCCACAGUCAAAGGAGAUACCUUCAACCCGGCUAUCACACCUCCCAAGACUCAUGCGGAGCAAUUCCAGCCACAUAAUGCCAACCUGGGACGGAUGCCUGGCUCUGGUCCUUCCAACCGCCUACCCAAAGACUCACCUGAACAUGAGGAGGCUAAAAUUCACGGGUCCAGACCUCAGCAGACGAUUCUUCAAGCCAGUGCUGCUCCAUUCGGGCCGCAGCUCACCACUGGAGCCGGAGCUGUCAACGGCAACAUUGCUGCGCCAACCACACUCACUCCCUUCCAGCCACCUUUCUACGGGUACGGCCUUCAAGGAUUCAUGGGAGCCCCUACACAGCUUCAGGCGUACAAUCCGUCGGCAGCCCCCUUCAAUGGCUAUCCUAUCGCCUAUGGUCAUUUCCGCCCAGGGGAGGCCCCAGCCAAGGGAGCUGGUACCCGUCGGAGUGGCGACGCAGAUGCUGCCCAGCUGUCUCGUUUCACGAACUUUCCACUUGAACACUAUCAGGGCGAAUUGUACGGUCUCUGUAAGGACCAGCACGGGUGUAGGUAUUUGCAGAGAAAGCUCGAAGAGCGUAAACCAGAACAUGUUCAGAUGAUCUUCGAGGAGACUCAUAUGCAUGUUGUCGAGCUUAUGACAGAUCCGUUCGGAAAUUACUUAUGCCAGAAGCUGCUGGAAUAUUCGAAUGAUGACCAGCGUACGGCUCUAAUCAACAAUGCUGCACACCAGCUAGUGAAGAUCGCUUUGAACCAGCAUGGUACCCGAGCACUCCAGAAGAUGAUCGAGUUCAUUUCCACUCCAGAGCAAAUCCAGACAGUGAUUCACGCUUUGAAGGAUCAGGUGGUGGAGUUGGUUCAAGACUUGAAUGGAAACCAUGUUAUUCAGAAAUGUCUCAAUCGCCUCUCUGCAGAAGACGCCCAAUUCAUCUACGAUGCUGUUGGCGCCAACUGUGUGGUAGUUGGAACUCAUCGGCAUGGGUGCUGUGUUUUGCAGCGUUGUAUUGAUCACGCCUCUGGCGAGCAGAGGGCGCGCCUCAUCGCUCAGAUUACAUCCAACGCAUUCGCGCUUGUACAGGAUCCUUUCGGAAACUACGUUGUGCAGUACAUUCUGGACCUUGCAGAGCCUCAUUUUACUGAGCCUCUGUGCCAGACUUUCCGCGGAAACAUUCCGGCUCUGUCCAAGCAGAAGUUCAGCUCGAACGUGAUUGAAAAGUGCUUACGCACUGCUGACGUCCAAAUCAGACGUCAGCUGAUUGAUGAGAUGCUGGCAGGUGCGGAACUCGAAAAGAUGCUUAGGGACUCUUUCGCCAAUUAUGUCGUGCAAACGGCAAUGGACUUUGCGGACGCCGACACACGUACACGCAUUGUUGAUUGCAUUCGCCCUAUUUUACCGUCCAUUCGCCAGACCCCACAUGGACGUCGUAUCGCCGGCAAAAUGUUGGCCUCGGAGGGCUCUGGCAGGGGCAGCGCUUCCACCAGCGGCCAGGUCACUCCCAAUGAAAUGAACUCAGCCCAGCUUCCUGGUCCGUUGCAGAGCCCAACACAGAAGUCAUUCUUGUAUCAACACAGCCCAUUCCCCAUUUCCAAUGUCGGUUCCCAAUUUGGAAACCAGACAUAUGCAUUCAAUCCUGGCUCCGUUGCAGCCGCUCACACUGGUUCUGGCGGUGCUGCGGACAAAAGCAGCCUUUUCGCUUCGACCAUUCCGCAGCCCAACAGCAACCACAGUAACCAGAAUCCGGUUUUCGCCAACUACUGA